AGAAUGAAUAUGUGUUUAUCAAAGCCCAUAGAGAGCCUGGAAUAGAAAGUUCGCAAACCAAAACAAAAUUAAAUAUUUAUAAUGACACAUUUGCAAUCAAAGAAGAACUUAUUUGGAAAAACAAUGAAACAGUCAAGUUGACAAACUGUGUUGGUGUAUCCGUUUUGUAUAGUUUUUUCUAAUGUGUAUGUUGCCCUAUGUUUAUUGUUAAGUUUGUAUUCUUCUGUGUCGGUGUGUGUAUUCUUCUGUGUUGUUGUGUGUAUUCUUCUGUGUUGUUGUGUGUAUUCUUCUGUGUCGGUGUGUAUUCUGCUGUGUUGUGUGUAUUCUUCUGUGUUGUUGUGUGUAUUCUUCUGUGUUGCGGUGUGUAUUCUUCUGUGUCGGUGUGUAUCCUGCUGUGUUGUGUGCAUUUUUGUGUCUACAGUUCUGUAUUUGAUGCCACCUUUCUCUUUUAAAAACAAACCCAUUAUGCUCCAAAACAAUCCCAAAAUGAAACACAAUCAAAAUAACCCGCAACAAACAUGGAUGCGUUCCCCCCUCCAGGGUAUGGCCAGCCCCCCGAUCCCCGUGGACCCCCCUACCAUCGGGGACCUCAACAGCAUCAGCCAGUACCUCUCCCUGCUGGAGGCCGAGCUCAAGGGGCUCGGCUUGGAGCCCCUGGCCCAGAUCGAGGCCGACGUGUCCAGCCUGAACGGCUUCGUGCGCCACCUGGCCGAGACCCUGCACUGCCUCCUCGAUGCGGACCAGCCCGUCUGGGUCAGGGAGGAGCGCUUCCCGGUGACCCGUUGGUACGAGUGCCUGAGGAAGGUCCAGGUGUACCUCGAGGAACUACUGCGCCACACGGACCAGCUGGGCGCCUGCUGACAGCUGA